AAUCUCUGGCAGAAAAGAAAAACGAGACGUCAACUUCUGGCUGAAAAAGAAGCUAUUGCGAGAAGCUUGGUUAAUAAAGCAAAUUCUGUGGAAAAUCCCUUGGAAUCUCUAAAUUUUUUCCAUAAGUAUGUGACAAAAGAUAAUCAAACUAUUGAGCUCUUUUGUGUAAAAGCCAAAAAUGCACAGUCUAAAUGUAUUUUUUGGAUAUUUGAUAUUAUGGAGCGCAAUAUGAAGUCUUUGUAUGAACAAAGUGAUUGGGGUUGGGAUCCAAUUGCUAAGCAAAAAGAGUUGACAGAGCCAACAGCUUGGUAUUUAGUAGCAACUUCAAAUGACAAAUUUGUUGGAUUUUCUCAUUUUCGGUUUGAUAUAGAUUACAGGGAAGAAGUACUUUAUGAAAUACAAUUGGAAUCUGCAGUACGACGAAAAGGACUUGGCCAUUUUAUGAUGUCUGCACUUGAAUCUAUGGCAUCAAAAAACAAGAUGCGUAAAGUAGUUCUGACUGUUCUUAAACAUAAUCCAUCUGCUAUGCAAUUUUUUUAUUCCCUUGGGUAAAUAAAAUACAAUUCUUUAUAAAUAUAUAGAUAUAAUUUUAUUAUGAUAUAAAAAGUUCAAACUAUAUAAUAAUUAAUAUAGGGAAAAUAGGUAUCUAUACUUUCAACUUUAUUACACAUUUUUUAAUAUUUAGAAUACAUACAGUAUAGUUGUAUAAAAUUACAUUUUCUAAAGUAAUAAUACGACUAGCACGGAAAUGUGAUCUUAUAAAAACACACAUUUUGUUUUUUGAUACAACUAGGAGAAUGUGUCUUUGUAUUUUUACAUUUGUAUUCGUUAAUUAUCAACUAAAUGUUUAAACAAAGCUCUAAAAAGUCUAAGAUAUUAAAUUAAGAAAAUAUAAAAUAUUUUAUAUAAAGACAGUUUUCAUAUGUAUUAGAAAUUUCAUUAUUAACGAAGUUAAAUAUAUAAAAAUAAUAGUUUCCACUGAAUAAUUGUUUCAACUGAUAUUUUUACAGCUACAAAAUGGAUAAAACCAGUCCGUCAACAUCUGAUCAAUUGGAUUAUAUUAUUUUAAGUAAGACCGUUGAUAGUGGAACAGGGAACAAAAACU